AAAGUAAACGCUAGGACUUCGAUAACGACUGGCUACCGGUGUCUUUAGUAGUUCCCGGUGCUCCAAGGUAGUACAAUUUUCCUGUAUCUCUCUAUGUGUAGUUGGGAACGAAUAUGAAAGGAAAGGAUGAUUCACUAACCUGGUCCUCUUUUUGGAGCGAGUUGUAGUGACAAUUUCUUCGACCAAACUACUUAUACUACAAUGAGUCACUUUCAUUCUGUUUCUUUUUGUUCUUGGCGGGCUGGCCUUAGAGUUUGCUGAAUGCGUAAAGCAAAGUGCUUGUAUGAUCGGAACGAGAAAUGCACUUCUGGAAGCGUCUAUUUUUUUGUGUAACAUGGUUACCUUGCGUCUACAGCGAAGCAUGCACAGGGUCCUGUCUUGUGGAAUGGUGUCCAAGUACUGAAGAUAUGCUUUCUAAUUAUUCGUUAUCAUCAGAAGCAAUUGACCCGGAAGCUGACCAAAAUUCCUGCCCAAUUUCGUGGUGCCCAUCAGUUAAGCGCUCGGGCAAAAAUGAAUGGAUAUGUCGCGGAGGCAUAGAUCCUGAGCUACUGCCAGAAGAUCCUAAAACUAUAGAAGUUACUGCAACACUAACGGAAGAGUUACCGAAUCAACCACCGCCUCAACCACCGAAUGCCGCGCGGCCACCUGGUAAAAAGAACGUCGGCAGUAAAGGCAUGGAUGGCAUCGGACUAACAGAAAGUUCACAGUUUGUCCCAUAUGUAUCUCCUGAUAUGAGCUUUCCGACUGUCGACUGCAAAAAACCAGAGCGAGAAGGAGGCCCGUGUUUGAUGAAACCAGACCAUCAUAAAAUUACAGGCCCAACGAAGUGUUACGUAGGCAAGUGCUCUAAAGGGAAGUGUACGGAAGCUGUGGAGAGGAAGUGCUCAACGUACUGAGAGCCACUAAGGCCUUUCUCGCAGCCAAUGUUUACCUUCCGGAACGCAUUGCGAGAAGUAAGCAGCGGUAGAAAGUGCGCACACGCACAAUUUGAACUGUUAUAAAGACUAGUACUGAACCGCAGUUUAUACUGAUUCAGUGAAUAUUUCUCAACAGCGAAAAUAUGCAUGUGCUGUAAAGUAUGAAUAAAAUAUCAAGAAAAGAGUUGU